AUGGACGCCCACAUGAUGACGGCCCAGGCUUUGGGACAAGCUCCCUUCCUCUACUACAGACCCGACCAGCAGAAGCCCGAUGCUUCAAGGCACCGCGGUCACUUCUCGCAGCAGCCCAACCUCCACCAGCAGAUGGCCAUGUACCCCAUGGUUCCGACUCUUCCCUCAACUCCCAUCUACUCCAGACCGACCUCUUCCUGCUCACAGCCCAUGGGCCCCACGCUGUACAGCAACGGCCCUGCGACCAUGACUCCCGUCGCCUCUCCCCAGCCCAUGAGCAACAAGCCGGCAAUCAUGCUGGAGACUGAGAUUUGCGAGACGGAACACAUCUACUACCCCUCCACGCCGCCUCUGUCCACCUCAGGCAGCGCCAUCAGCAGCCCCAACAACACCUGCGAGCUCCUUCAAACCCCGAUGAACCCCAUGUUCUCCGGCCUCGAUGGCCUCGACAGCCUCGAGAGCUUCAAGGAGACCCUGGAGGUGCCCGAGAACCUCGCGGUUGACUGGUCCAGCUGCGGAUCCCCCCCGAUGACGCCUGUGUACCUGCAAAACCAGGUCCCUUCGCUUAGCACCAACACUAGCGACCUCCUUUCCACAGCAUCUUGCCCUUCGCUCUCUCCCUCACCUUCACCGUAUGCCAGGUCCGUCGCGUCUGAACAGGACCUUGACUUCUGCGACCCCCGCAACCUGACUGUCGCUGUUGCGCCCAACACCUCCAACCCGACCUUGGCCCCCGAGUACGCAGCCUUCACUGUCAGUGACGACUUCAGGGGGGACGUUCCUGCCAAGACCCCUACCUCAGCUCCUUCCAACUUUGACUUCAACCCUGCCAUUCCUCACGGCCUUCCCGCCUUCGAGGACCUGUCUGAUCUGGAGUCCGAGGACGACUUUGUCAACGGCCUGGUCAACCUUGGUGACGCUACCUCAACCACUCGCCCUCGCGCCUGCACCGGCUCAAGUGUCGUCUCCCUCGGUCACGCCAGCUUCAUCGGCGCUGAGGAGGACUUCACCUUCGACGGCCUUGAGGCUUCUGCUGCUUGCUUCCCCAGCCCUUCUGCUUCCUGCUCCGACGAGGACUGCCACCAGGAAAAGCGCCGCAGGGUCUCCAUCAAGGAGUCCACUCCCGUCAUGACUUCCGCCGCCGGUUCUUCCCAGGCCGCCAGCAGUGAGAAGCAGCAGAGCAACACCCCUGCCUCUGACGCCAACAGCUCUUCCGACUCUGAGACCCCCUCUGCUCCCCUCCCCGCCCCGGUCAACCGCCGCGGUCGCAAGCAGUCUCUCACCGAGGAUCCCUCAAAGACCUUCGUCUGCGAGCUCUGCAACCGUCGCUUCCGUCGCCAGGAGCACCUCAAGCGCCACUACCGCUCGCUCCACACCCAGGAGAAGCCCUUUGAGUGCAACGAGUGCGGCAAGAAGUUUUCUCGCAGCGACAACCUGUCCCAGCACGCCCGCACCCACGGCAGUGGCGCCAUUGUCAUGGAGCUCGACGAGUCCGGUGUCCACUCAUUCGACCACGGCAUGAUGGGCCACCCAGAGGACUACCAGCACCUCGGCAAGGUCCUGUUCCAGGUUGCUGCCGAGAUUCCCGGCAGUGCCAGCGAAUUGUCAUCUGAAGAGGACAACGGCAAGAAGAAGAGGAAGCGCUCCGACUGA